AUGGCUCUGACGCCCUUGCAGCAACGCGGGCAUUGUACCAAGUACCAGCGCAUCUCGUUCCAUGGACAAGGUAGCUCUAGCCCCCGGCGUGCGCAUGCUGUCCGUGUCCCGCGUCACGCCGGUGCCACCGCCGGCGGAGAACGUGAAGGUGAAGCUCCCCUGCUGGACGCGCCGUGGGUGGCGACGCCACCGGUUCAGCAGGUGUUUCUGAACGAAACGGUCACCGGUGAUGAGUUUGCUGUCGUUGUCAAGCGCCUCAAGGAGUCCCUCGCCGCCGCGCUCGCGCUCUACCUUCCGCUCGCCGGAAAUCUAGACUACGUGGAGGAGAACAGACAGCGACACCGCCUGGUCGUCGACUGCUCUCAACCCGGGGUUGCUUUCUUCGAGACCGUCGCCGGCAGCAUGGAGGUUGCGUGUCUCCUGCCACAGCACGACGCCCGGGUGCUCCCAGCCCCCGUCAUGGCCGUGCAGGCCACGCGGUUGAGCGCCGGCAUGGCGCUCGGCGUCUCCGUUCACCAUGCCGCCGGCGACGGCCGCUCCGUCGUCCUGUUUCUGGAGGCAUGGAGUUCAAUCGCCUGCGGAGGCUCAUGGUCAUCACCUGUGGCUGUGACCAAGUCCCUCGCCCCAUCACACUACGCAAGAGAAGCCAUCACCGUCUCUCACCCUGGCAGCGACGAGCUCGCCGGAGAUGUCCUCAGCAAGAUCGCGCCAAAGCUUCCCCUGGCGAACACGUACACGACGGAGUGCUACUUCAGCCAGCACACCCGUCUGGCGCGCCAGACCAUGGUCCUUGGCGCCGCCGACAUCCGGGCGCUGAAGCGGCGCAUCGACGGCCUCGCGCCGCCGCCGCCCCCGCCAGCCAAGCCGGUGUCCACGUUCGUGGCACCGUCAGCGCUGUGCUGGACGGCGUUCGUCCAGGCGAAGGGUCUCGGCGCCGGGGACGACACGCACCUGCUGUUCCAGGUGGACCUGUGCGCGCGCCUCCGUCCGCCCGUGGGCGCGCGCUACGUCGGCAACUGCGUCAGGGGCUGCAUCGCGAGCGCCGACGACGGGGAGCUCCUCGGCGCGGCGGGGCUCCUGCGCGCGGCGCGGGCGGUCCAGGCGGCCGUGGCGGAGGCGGUGGUGGCGCCGCUAGCCGGGGUGGGGAAAUGGGUCCAGCGGCUCAUGGGGCUGCCCGUGGCGCGGCAGCUGGUCGUCGCCGGGAGCCCGCUGUUCCGCAUGCAUCACCUGGCGGACUUUGGGUUCGGGAUGCCGGAGGGACACCGUGAUGGUGUGCCGUUCGAGGAGCUGCAGGAGCAAGGGUUCGAGGAGGUCGAGCAGCAGCAGUAG